AUGACAAGCUCAUAUUUAGAAGAUCAAUUGGUCUUUUAUAGAUCAUAUCAUUCCAAUGCAACAAAUGUUGCUAUUCAUGUUGUCUGCAUUCCAAUCAUUUUAUUGUCAACAAUUACUUUUUUUUCACCAAUUCAAGUUUUUUCACCAACAAUCAAUUUAGGUACUUUGUUAGCUUGGGGAUAUGGAUUAUACUACAUUUUACUAGACUGGCAAGUUGGGGUACCUUCAUUUGCUAUCUUGGUUACUUACUCAAGUUACAUUACUCAAUUUUAUCUAACUUUGAAUUUGUUGACUACUCCAACGUCAAAACAAUUCAUAAAUUAUGCAAUUUUUGCUCAUGUAGUUGCAUGGUUGGUACGUAUUAGAAUCUCAUAGAAUUUCAUGCUUUUAUCUUUUUAUGCAAUGGGUAUUUUUUGUGGAAUUCUCGGCAAUUUUACUAUCAAUACUAACCAUACUGAAACAGGCUCAGUUCGUAGGUCAUUCAGAUUUGUUCGAAGGUAGAAAACCAGCUCUUUUGAAUUCUACUCUAAGUGCAUUGACGACAGCCCCAUUGUUUAGUGCCUUUGAAGUCUGCUGGUUUCUAGGAUUCAAAAAAGAUCUCAAAAAGACGAUGGACAACAGAGCUGGUAAAAAUAUUAGAGAUUUCAGACAAAAACAAAUGAAAACAGCUUAA